AUGGAAGGACCCUUGAGGCCCAGAUUUGCUAAUUCCAGUGACUUCCAGUUUGGAGCGGUUGCCACAGAGACCAUCGAAAACGCGCUGCUUCACUUGGCCCAGCAGAAUGAGCAAGCCGUGAAGGAGGCUGCGGGACGGAUGGGCAGCUUCAGGGAGAGCCGGAUCGUGGAGUUUGUUUUUCUCCUGUCUGAACAAUGGUGUCUGGAGAAAUCAGUGAGCUACCAGGCUGUAGAAAUCCUAGAAAGGUUUAUGGUGAAGCAGGCAGAGAACAUCUGUCAGCAAGCCACAAUCCAGCCGAGAACUAAGACCGAAUUGCAGAACUGGAGGGCUCUGAAAGAGCAGCUUUUCAACAAGUUUGUCCUCCGCUUGGUGUCAUGUGUUCAGCUGGCCAGCAAACUGUCUUUCCACUACAAAAUAGUCAGCAACGUUACAGUCCUGAACUUCCUCCAGGCUCUUGGUUAUAUGUGCACCAAAGAAGAACUACUGGAGUCAGAACUUGAUGUCUUGAAGUCCCUGAACUUCCAGAUAAAUCUGCCCACUCCUUUGGCAUAUGUGGAGAUGCUCCUUGAAGUUCUAGGGUACAAUGGCUGCUCGGUCCCAGCCACACAACUACAUGCAACUUGCCUGACCCUCCUCGACCUGGUCUAUCUUCUGCAUGAACCCAUCUAUGAGAGCCUAUUGAGGGCUUCAAUUGAGAAUUCUACACCCAGUCAGCUGCAAGGGGAGAAGUUUGUCUCUGUGAAGGAAGACUUCAUGCUGUUGGCAGUUGGAAUCAUUGCAGCGAGUGCUUUCAUCCAGAACCACGAGUGCUGGAGCCAGGUUGUAGGGCAUUUGCAGAACAUCACUGGCAUCACUUCGGAAAGCAUUGCUGAGUUCUCUUAUGCAAUCCUGACUCACAGCGUGGGAACACACACUCCUGGGCAACAGCAGCCUGUUCCCCACAAGGCAGCCAGAGCUCUGAGGACUGCUGCUUCCUCUAACACAUGAGGCUGGCUAAACCCCAGACACAGCCUUCUGUCACUGUAUUCUCCUUUGUUUACUUCCAUUCUCAGGGUACAAAAAUCCCAAGUUUCCUUUGGAUAGUAUUUUGUAUUCCAAUUUCAGGCACGUUUUCCCUACAUCAGCGACAGUUAUGGUGGACAAAUACAUCCUUGUAUGUUCAUAGCAGGCUAAAAACAUCAAAGAAUUGGAGAGAGUUAGAUUAUGAAAUUGGUUCAUUUUUGUUUGACAAGACAUUUAAGUUUUCCUAAUUUAAUCUGAUUAUCAGAGAACACCAGAUAAGUAUUACCCAGGGUUUUAAAACAGACUUUUGGAUGGCCUUGGCUGAGUGUCUGAGUAGCCUUUCUUCCCUUGCUCCCCUACAGCUGUUUGUUCUUCCUUCCUUCCUUCCUUCCUUCCUUCCUUCCUUCCUUCCUUCCUUCCUUCCUUCCUUCUUUUUUUUCAAAGAUAGAAUCUCACUA